AAGAGGAGGCCAAGGGUCCAGGAGUAGCUUCAGGGACCCCUCUGGGCUGGGGGAACCCAGCCCCAAGGGUGGCAGGCAGGGAGCUCCCCUGGGCCCACCCAACUAUCACCCACCCGUCACCUCCACACACAUACAUCUCCUGCAGGGCCCAACCCAGAGUAGAUCUGAGCCCUGGAUCCUUGCUUUAUCCAGAAGUUGGGGGUUGGAGGACCAAAGCCCCCACAUCUGUCUCCUCUCCUCUGCAGCCAUGUUUAUCACAGUGAUGUUUGGGGCUGGCUGCUGGGAGCUGGUGAACCCCUGUUGCAGCCUGGUGACCCUCACUGCCCACCUGAGGCGGAGGGGGCAGGUGCCCCCAGAUGUGACCAUCGCCCUCCUGGCUGAGGACGGGCACCUGGUGAGCCUGGGUGAGGGACUGGAGGAGGAGACUUCCCUGACGCCCUUCGUGGGCAGCCUCCUGCUGCAGGAGCGUGGCACAUAUGUCCUGGUGCAGGUCAUCAAGGGGGAAGGCGCAGCCCCCACCCGCUAUGAGUCCAUGCUGGAGAACCUGGAUGACUGGUAUCCAGAGCUGGCAGAGGAGCUGCGCUGGCUGUCAGGCCUGCCCUCCGUGGGUGAUGGCUGGAGGAGGCGCGCAGGCACUCGGCGUGGCCACCAGGAGCAAGGCCCUCCUUCAAGGCAAAGGGUGGGCUCCCUGCUGUCCAGGACCCGCCAGCUGGGCCAGGAGCCAGGGAUUCCAGCCCCAGGUGUCAUACGCCCUUGAGAUCACCUGCUGAUGCCUCACCCCCAUUUGGACUGCCAGAGACUGAUUACAACAGGAUUACAAGGUCACCCUCCCAACCCAGGACACCAGCUCACAGUGAAGCAUCUUCCCCCACCCUGCAGACAGUCCAAUGACAGAGGACACAGCAGACUUGGGUCUAA